ACCACAACAAUUCAACAUUCCUUACAUAAACCGACUGAUGCCGACGACCAACGCAUUUUUUCGUUAGAGAGCACUGCGCAUGCUCUCUUAAAAGCAUCGAAGUCCACCAAAAUUGAAAAAAUUCACAAAUUAUCACUCAGAAUUUGGGAGCGUUUUGUUAUCCUUGAAAAUAAGAUUUCAGUAUGUUAUUUGACUGAUCUCCCAAAAGCAUUUUGUCUGUGAUUGGUUCAUUUGAAUUCAACCGUUGAAAAUGUGGAACUUUUUAAAUUCAAAUUUGCAUCCAAAGGUCGUUUGUAAAUCUCCUUCAACGGAUGGCUACGAAGUGGAAAAUUUAAUAAGUGACGAAUAUUCGAAGAGAGUUCGCGGUUUUAUAGCCUAUCCAGCGAUAAAACCACCAGUUGAAAUCGAAUUCGAGUUUAUUUGCCCGGUUAACAUAGAUCAUAUCAAUCUCAACACAGUAGUGGGUUCACAGAAAUGCAAUGGAAUCGAGAUAUAUGCCAGAAAUGAAAUUCUUACCCAUACUCUUAUAUGUAAAUCAGUAUUUGAUAAGAUGGGAAUAAUAUUUUGCAAUAGUAGAAAAUACUCAAAAACCAAUCCUCCUGAGGGAUACAAUAAUAAUUAUGAACUAUGUUUUUUCCGAAGUAAUGCUUUUAGAAGUUUUUUAAAUGCAAGCAGUAUCAAAAUAGUUAUAUUCAGAACAGAUAAAUCAGUACCUUGUUUGAGAUCUGUUGAAGUGUGGGGGAUACCAUCAAAGUCUUGUUCUCAAGUCACUAUCAACACUAUAACAAAACUAGCCACCAAAUCCCUGACACCAAAUGUGGCCACUAUUUCAACACCAAUGGAGGAAUUCAAGAUACCUGAAGACUUCAAAGAUGACUUAACAUGUAAUAUUAUGUCAAUACCUAUGACAUUGCCAAGUGGCAAAACUGUAGAUCAAAGUACUCUGGAAAAACAUAUACAAAAUGAAACAUCCUUUGGAAGAAAACCCUGUGAUCCAUUUACUGGAAUAAAAUUCACUGACCACCUCAAACCAAUAAUGAACGUAGCUCUAAAAACUAGAAUAGACAUGUUUAUUCUUCAAAAUUCGCAUCGGGCAGAAAUUUCAAACAUGGGAAGAACUAUUGGUAGGGCAAGUGGCACCAGAAGUGAUCAUGUAGGUAAUAACGUGAAAAGAAAACAUGACUAUUCUGAUUGUAAUGGCGAUCUAGAAGAAGCCAUUUCAAAAGUUAAACGAAGUACUAGUUUCAUGUCUUUUACAGAUGAUUUGAGUAUCGAUAAAAAUAGUUGUGUUAAAUGUAAGAAUAAGCUAGAUAUUCUGUACAAAAUUCCAUGUGAACAUUAUUACUGUAGAGUGUGUUUAUUACUCAUUUGUGAAAAUUCAAAGUGCUCUAUCUGUGAUAUAUCAUUUAUGAAAAGUGAAGUGCAAAAAUGUAAUUUAUGAACAUCUGCUGGAUUUAUAUAGCCAUAUCCAAUCUGGAAGUAAUAACUAUACUUGAAAUUCACAUGAAAAUUUGUUAGUAAACCAAAAAAAAGAAAUAUCAAUGGUGCAGGAACUAAAUUUAUUGAAAUUUUAUGUUCAAAUAAUUUUUGUUGGAUAGAAAAUUUGACAAUAAAAACACAUAAUAGUAAG